AUGGCUUUCCAAUCCAAGAAGCGCCUCGCGCUCGCCAUCCUCGACUUCCUCCAGACCUCGCAGACCGACGGCUCCGUAGCGCCCGACGACGCCGAACAGCUCGAAGUCGCCGCCAACUGCAUCGCCGAAGCUUUCAAGGUCGACGCUGCCGAUGAGGCCGCAAAGAAGGACGCCAUUGGCGACCAGAACCUGCUCGCAAUCUACAACGUCUACGAGAAGCUCAAGGGAAAGACGACCGCCACAACUGAGGGAUCGUCGUCGGCAAAGGAGGCCCGGCCAGCGACGCCGCAGACACCUGCCGCCGGGUCAGGACCAGGCGGGCCAAACAAGGAUGAGGCCGAGCGACUGAAGGGGCUGGGUAACGAGGCGAUGAAGAAGAAGGACUACGAUGGUGCUGUCAAGCAUUACACUGCCGCUCUCGAAGUCAUUCCCCUCAACCCCAUCUACCUCUCCAACCGCGCCGCCGCAUACUCGGGCCAGGGCAAGCACGAACUCGCAAAGGAGGACGCGGAGAUGGCAGUCGCUGCCGACCCCAACUACUCCAAGGCCUGGUCGCGUCUCGGUCUUGCUAAGUACGUUCUCGGCGACGCAAAGGGCGCUAUGGAGGCAUACAAGUCGGGCAUGGACGCAGAGGGCGGCGGUUCAGAAGUCAUGCGCAAGGGCUACGAGACAGCUAAGAAGAAGGUCGAAGAGGACGGUGGUGAUGUCGGUGCUCCCGAUGCUGCCCGAGGAGCUGGCGGUAUGGGUGGCGGCGGUGGCAUGCCUGAUCUCUCUGCCCUUGCUGGUAUGCUCGGUGGUGGCGGCGGAGGCGGCGGCGGCAUGCCCGAUCUCGCGGGCCUUAUGCAGAACCCGAUGAUGAGGCAGAUGGCUCAGAACCUGAUGAGCAACCCGGACAUGAUGAGCAAUCUCAUGAACAACCCUAGGAUAGCGGAGAUGGCUCAACAGUUCGGUGGUGGUGGUGGCGGCGGAGGUCGAGGUGGCGGCGGUGGUGGAAGCGGAGGUGGAAUGCCCAACAUGCAGGAUCUCAUGAACGACCCUAACCUGGCUGAGAUGGCCAGGAACUUCAUGGGAGGCGGUGGUGCUGGCGCCGGUCGAGGUGCACCGCAAUAA